ACUUUAGGUUAUACACACAAAGCUCGUAUAUGCUUCUCAUAGCUGUGUUUCAAUGACGACACAUUGUACCGGUACUCGCGUAAGGAUACAUAGUUUUCCAUAGCAACCUGAAUGGAGUCACGUUUUCAUGGAAACUGGCGGGAUGGUGACGCCGAAGUUUGAAUGUCAAAAUAGCGAAAGCAUUGAUUUGACAUGUCGCCAGUAUAGUGUCAUUUAAAUCGUAAUAGAAUAAUUAAUAUUUUGUGAAUGACUAUCUCCUAGACGACCUCUGUUCUGUAUCCGUGACUGCACGUCGGCUGCUAUGGAAAGUGUCAAAGUUGCCGUUUUGUAGUCAACUCGAUGAGAUAUCAACACUUGCAAGGAACAACUUAGGGUCUUUCUAUUAGCUUAUUUAACAGCCAGGGUAAAAUAUACGUGGAGUGAAGAUAGCCUGUCAACAUGGUUCUCACCGACCUCCCAUUUGAGCGCAGUCCUGUCAUCUACAGUCGCUACAGCCUCCUCCGGCGACCAGACAGCGCCCCGCCCUGCAACGUAGAUGAGGGGAACACUGCCACUGAGAACAAGAGAUAUGCUGCGUUUCUCAAAGAGCAGGAGAGGAAAGUGGGUCCGGAUGGCUUCGUGGACUCCAGCCGGUACGGUCACCCUUACGUACUGCGGAAUGACCCCAACAGGAAGCGUGCCCAGUCCAACGCCCAACGGCCGAGUGUGGUCAAUCUCACCGCCAGGGUAGAGCGAGACAAGAAGGAUUAUGAUAAAAGAAUCAGAGUGAUCGAGGACCACAUGUGGCAGCACAAGCAGGAGGAGCGGGAGCUGAAGAGGGUGGAGGGGGACAUCAUCAAGAACCAGCGAUCCGUCAGGCACACACUCAGGGACUUUGAAAAUGCAAUCAACAAGAAACGUCUGGCUGAGGACAAGAAGUUAAAUCAUGCUCUGGAGAAGUUGACCAAGAUAUCCCAAGACCAUACCCACAAGAAGGAAGAGAGAACAAAAAGGAGAAUAGGUUUGAGUGUAUCACGAGAUCAAGGCACGAAACAGGUGGAUAGAAAAGUGUUUGUCAAACAGAAUGUGGUCGCCCGGGAGUACCAGACGAAACUCAGCGAGCUGGAGCUCAAGAGAGUGGAACUGUCACACAUCAGUCAGGAGUUUGAAACUAAGCUGAAGGAGAAAGAGGUGGAGCAGUACAAGUUAAAGCAAGAGCUGGCCGAGCUGGCCAUCUCCCUCAACAUGGAGGCUCAGAAGAGGCGGGUUCAGAAGGUGGACACUUCCAGAGACGUGAAGAUGGACAUGACCAAGAGAAUACAUGAAAAUAACAAUGCUGACAUGUCGCUGGAGUCAAAACUUAUGAGGAGUGAUGGGGAUGGAAAGACAGCAGAGCUGCAGAAGAGGAAGCUCAGUGCUGACCUUUCCCUCACGAAGGGCCACCUGGACAUCAAGAAGAGAGAUGAACAAAGACAUCUGACAGACACACAGAUUCGACUGGAGGACAACACGACCAUGCAGAGAUCUCUCAACACAGCUGCCGUCAACGCGGAGAUGGAUCUGAAGGCUCGGCAGAUUGAUCAGAGACUGGAGGCCCACAACACUCGCAGGGUGACGCAGCUGCACAACAGCAUGCGUGUGAAGAAGGACAAGGAGGAGUCGCAGCAGGCUGUGUGGGAGGCGCGCUUCAAGAGGCGGUACGCGGAGCAGCAGCGGAGGGAACAUGAAGACUCACUUAAGUUCUUUCAGAAAAUGGUUGUGAAGGGAGAGGAUGCAGAGCAGAACUUAUACCAGAAGGUUCGGAAUGCUGAGUACGCUCGGCAGAAACAGGAGCAGUCAGUGCGACGUAUUCAGAAUGAUCUGAGGGAUGCCAAGAGAAUCAACUCUAUCAAGUUGAAGCAGGAGAUUGCCGAGCGGCAUCGGCAGGAACAGGAACUGGAACAGAAGCUGAUCCGGGAGAGGGCCGAGCUGGACAAGGUACAUGCCCAGAGGGAGGAGAGCUACAUGAAGCUGCAGAGUCAUCGCCAGCAUCUGCAGGAGGACAAGUAUCUGAUGAAGGAACACGAGAAGGAACAUCUCCGACUCAUCCGCAUUGGGGCCAAGACAGAUGUGGCCACCUCUGACUUGUACUAGAACACCACACAGACAGGGCCACCUAGAACACCACAGAGACAGGGUCACCAAGAACAGAACACAGGCAUGGCUACCUAGAACACCACACAGACAGGACCACUUUGUACUAGAACACCACACAGACAGGACCACAUCUGAACUUUGGGUUUUGACAAGGUCCCCUUGACUUUUAUUCUUACUUUUGAACAUUGAUUCAUUAAUGUGCAACAAAUUGUACUGUAGUGUGCAACAAAUUGUCCUUAAUCUGUAAUGUGCAAGAUUGGUUGGUUUGUUGUUUAACACCACACUCAGCAGUAUUCCAGCUCUAUGAUGGUGGUCUGGACCAGACAAUCCAGUGAUUA